AAUUGCUCGCUAUAAGCUAGGUUAUUGCGCCCCUAAACCAACGUACUGACAAUCCUACCUCCCGGAACUCAAACUUUAACGCCAGUUCACAUUCUCUCAAAUCUCUGCCAAUCUGACCCGUUCGUCAUGUCCGGGAUACUUUUAUACAGAUCUGUUUCCAAGACUGUCUGUCCUCGGAGUUCAAUCACACUAUCGUUAUUGCCUCAAAGAUGUAAAUGUGAAUGCCAUAGUCUACAGAAAAAACAGUUUUCGUCCUUAUCAGGGCAUCGAAAAUCAAACAGUCCUGCUUCUAAACCCUCUGCCAUGUUUGCAGAGUCAGGAAUUCUAUCAAGUUAUACCUCAGUACCAAGUGCAAGUAUCUUGGACAGUGGACAGCAGUCCACUUAUUUUCAACUGAAAAGAAACAUCUCAGGUGAAUUUUAUCAGAAGUAUCUGUCACAAGAAUCACCCCCAAUAGCCUUUCUGCAGGACCUGUUGGAACAGGUUCAUUCUGUGACAGGACUUCCAUGGUGGGCUAGCAUUGUGUGGUCAACAUUUCUUCUCCGGACUGUUGUUACUCUUCCUGCUGCCAUUUACUCGCAGAAGGUGAUUGUGAGAGUAGAGUUACUUCAGCCAGAGAUUAUAAAGUUGACUAAGCGCCUAAAGGGAGAAGUUGCCAUGGCAACAAAACAAUUCAAGUGGAAACAGAAUUUUGCCAGAUUCAAAUACAAUUCAACAAUGAAGAAGCUAAUCAGUGAGUUGUAUAUCCGUGACAACUGUCAUCCGUUCAAAGCAUCAUUGGUGCUUUGGUUACAAAUUCCAAUGUGGAUUGGCAUGUCGUUUGCCCUCAGGAACAUGACAGGGUACGUUCCCUUCAGGGGAGUAGAUGCUGCUGUCCUUUGCCCAGAUUUAGCAACCGAGGGACUCCUGUGGUUCUCCAACCUAACUCUGCCAGACACGACGUUCAUUCUUCCUGUGGUCUUGGGAUUACUUAACUUUGCAAUCAUUGAGAUGAAUGUUUUAGUACGACAGAACCCAUCCAAGUUUCAGCGAGUGUUGACCGGAGUGAUGCGUGGUCUCAGUAUUCUGAUGGUGCCAAUAGGAGCAUCCGUUCCAAGUUGUAUGUGCCUGUACUGGACCACCUCUAGUUUCUAUGGACUUCUUCAAAACAUUGCAUUCAAAAUGCCGAAAGUGAAACGAACUCUCGGAAUACCACUGUCUCCAUCAGAAAGCAGUACACCCUUUCAGGAUAUGAUCAUUCUCGCCAAGGAAAAAUACAAGUGGCUGCCAAAAAGCAUAGGAAAAGAUUGAUAAAAUCAAAUUAUUUCUUAGCAAAAUUGUCUGUGAUGCCUAAAAAUUGGUAAGGAAUUCAAGAGAUGUUGAUAAGACAGUGGCCACAGCAAUCACUACCAUUACCGGCGGAUGCAAGAAAAUACAUUGUAAAUUAGGUCCUCCCUAGAACUGCUUUUGUUCAAAUUUCACAAACGAACAACUACCUGUUUUCAUUUGAUAUGGUAAUAAAUAUGACAGUGAUCAAUGAAA